AUGUUGGACGAGAUUUACGAGCGCCAUUAUCAGCCUCGCAGCGACACCAACACCUAUAUUCUAGGAACUAUUGCUGAGCACCGUGUUGUUAUGGCGUGUUUACCUACACAGGGUUAUGGGACAAGCAAUGCAGCGGUUGUGGCUACGAAUAUGCGACGAACCUUCCCUUCGAUUUGCUUUUGGCUGCUGGUUGGAAUCGGCGGCGGCGCCCCCGGCAAAGUUGACAUCAGACUUGGUGACGUUGUUGUCAGUACCAAGGUAAUCCAGAUCGAUCUUGGAAAAAUUGUCCGGGAUGGGCAAUUGCAUCGAACAAGUGUUGUUCGCACACCAUCCCAGAGUCUUAUGACAGCCAUUGCUGCACUACAAGCAAGGCACAGAAAAUCGUCAAGCAAGAUAUCCGGAUUCAUCUACCAAAUGCUGAAGCGUGAUCCAGGUAUGGAGGGAUUUUCGGAUCCUGGUGCCGAUUCGGAUCUGCUGUUUGAUAGUAACCACGAACACACUCCUCAGUUGAUGGAUAACUGCAGUCUCUGUAACAUGUCGCGACUUUUGAGGCGGAAUACACGUAUUAAUAGGGACCCAAUUGUCCACUAUGGGACUAUCGCCUCUGCAAACCAAGUUAUGAGAGACGCAAAAACAAGAGAUCGACUAAUGAACGAAUUGGACAUUCUAUGUUUUGAGAUGGAGGCGGCUGGCUUGAUGGAAAGCUGUUCAAGUAUGGUCAUUCGCGGAAUUGCCGACUAUGCGGAUUCCCACAAGAACAAUCGAUGGCAAUGCUACGCCGCUGCUACAGCCGCAGCAUACGCCAAAGAACUUCUUUCAGUCAUACCAUUGGCAGAGAAGUCAGGGACGGAAGUCCAGCGCGGUAUGCAGAGAACACACCGCGUCACUGCUCGCCAUUCUCACAAUACCCCCUCAGUUUCGCGUGGAACCGAACAAGUUCAUAGAAUUAAAGGAGUCAAAGCAGGUGAUGAUGCGAACCAGAUGUUUCUGUCAAAUGGCACUCCGUUGCGUAUUGAAAAGGCGACCGUGCGAAACAGGGGGUUUCAGCUGUUUGGUGAUAUACCAUUGCAGGACGCCUUGAAAAUUUUAGACAGGAAGCAUAGUACUGGUACUGAGGAGGCUUCAGAGGAAGUCACAGCCAGCUCAGCCGGUAGUUCGGCUGCUAUAUAA